UUGGCAUAUUCGUAUGUACAAUUAGUCGAUUGCUAUUGCAUCCCUGGAGAAAUUCAACCAACAGCUGUUCGCAUAGUUGGCAGCAUUUUGUUUGGUUUGUGUAAAAUUUUGCAAAUAUAUAAUUUUUAACGCACGGCAAAUAACAAUAAAAACCCAAAAAUGGAUCCGGCGCUUCUACGGGAACGCGAAGCGUUCAAAAAACGGGCGAUGGCAACGCCAACCGUGGAAAAGAAAAAUAGAACUGAAAAAGCACCGCCACCGCCGAGCAGAGAUGACUCCCAGAAGAAAAUGCGACCACCAAAUGCACCAAAGAUGGAUUCAUCCACGUACAAAACGAUGUCGGGCAGCUCGCAAUAUCGAUUUGGAGUCCUGGCCAAAAUCGUAAAGUUCAUGCGCACCCGCCAUCAGGAUGGCGAUGAUCAUCCCUUGAGCAUUGAAGACAUACUCGAUGAAACCAAUCAGCUCGACAUUGGUCAAUCAGUAAAAAGUUGGCUGGCUAGUGAGGCGCUUAAUAACAAUCCCAAAAUUGAGUGCACACCCUGCGGCACCAAGUUCAGUUUCAAGCCCGUCUACAAAAUCAAAGAUGGCAAGAGCCUAAUGCGAUUGCUCAAGCAACAUGAUCUAAAAGGACUUGGCGGCAUAUUGAUGGAGGACGUACAAGAAUCUCUGCCCCACUGUGAGAAGGUCUUGAAAAAUCGCGCUGCUGAAAUAUUGUUCAUAAUACGUCCCAUCGACAAGAAGAAAAUAUUGUUUUACAAUGACAGAACCGCCAAUUUUGCAGUCGAUGAUGAAUUCCAGAAGCUUUGGCGUUCCGCCACGGUUGACGCCAUGGACGAUGCCAAAAUCGAUGAAUAUCUCGAAAAACAAGGUAUACGUUCAAUGCAGGACCAUGGCCUUAAGAAGCCGAUGCCCAAACGCAAGAAGGCGGCCAACAAAAAACGACAGUUCAAAAAACCCAGAGACAACGAACAUUUGGCUGAUGUUCUGGAGAUCUACGAGGACAAUACCCUAACGCUAAAGGGCACAAAUCCCACAUAGUAAACAAACAAUUAUAAGUAGCUAAUAAACUUAAAAUUAAACUGAUUAUCAUUGUACUAUCUUUAAGGAAUGUGAAAUGAGCACAAAACAUCUAAUAAAUUCACUCGAGAUUA